AUGCCUCCAAUUGCCACAGAACGUGACAAGAUGCGGACCUGUUACACCUAUUCCAUGCCCUGCUGCGCGGGUAGAGCUGCUGCUUCUAUUGUCGUGCUCAUCUGUAGGGCUGCGUUGAGGAGCGGAGCGAUCCAAGUUUCCAGGACCUGCACCGUUCGCACGGCGCUGUACAGGGAUGCCGUUACGUCACUUUCAGCAGACAAGCGUGAUGAUUGUGACGCAUUGCCGAGUACGUCUCGCCCAAGUUGGGCACUGACAGCAUGCGCGAUUUCCUGUGGUGUUGCAUUGUCGCUGGCGCCGCCGUGCCCUGCAAAUCCCUACUUGGAAAGCAAAAAAACCAUCAUCUUGGGUGUGACCAAUGAAGGCACCAUCCGCGGCUGUCAAGGCAACGUCAACCCAAACUGCGUGUCCACCGCAUCCACCAACGAGCUAUACGCGCCUGCGUGGCGAGCUAACACGCGCACCGCCAAGGAAGCGGCGCAGGAGAUGGAGCGCACGGUGCUGGCCUUGUAUCCCGAUUGGUCCCUCGCCCAGUCCCAGAGCUAUGACUUUGGAGAGUAUCGGGCGUUCUUAGCGCCGUCGCUCUUCGGGAAGGACAUCCUUGAGUUUCUGAUCAAGGAGGAGUCCGUCAACAAUCGGAACUGGGAGGGCGACCGCGAGGGGCCUUAUGUCACGUAUCGAUCCCUGGCAGGCAGUGUCAAGUACAUUUGGCCUAUUCAGCAGCCCCUCUCGGACUUUGGCGCCCAGAAGGCCAGACUUCAGGAGCUCAGGGAAAAGCUAAGGUGGCAGGUCAUUGGCUGCGAGCUAAUCGAGUGCUAUGAUUACUGA